AUGAAGUCGGCAGCGCUAUUACUACCACUGUAUACUGCAGCCUUUGCUGCAGCUGCUUUCCAUCACGAACAUGCGCAGGCUGUCAUACAAGACCAGCAGCUUACCAUUGUUGAGCCGGACGAGUAUCUUAUUGAGCUAUCGCCAGGCGAGACAAGAUGGGUGAAUGAGAAUGAGAAGUGGGAGCUGCGCAAAAAAAACAUCAACUUCUUCGACAUCACCCACAAUGCAGAACUGGGAACGUUGAAUCAUCGCAUCAACGCCGAGAGUGUAAAAUACCCAUCGAAACCUGUUUUCAACGAGACCCUUGCCCCACUACUCAAGGAGUUAGACAAGAACAACAUGCGCGCACACCUCGAGACCUUCACCUCGUUCCACACCCGCUACUACAAGUCACAAUACGGCGUACAGAGCUCAGCGUGGCUGCUUGGCCAGGUCAACAAGACUCUUGCUGAUGCAGGCGCCAUCAACGCGUCCGUCAAGGCGUUCCCCCAUCCAUGGGGGCAAUCGUCCAUCAUCGCCACCAUCCCCGGCAAGAGCGACAAGACGAUCGUCAUUGGUGCGCACCAGGACAGCAUUAAUCUCUUCUUCCCUGCUUUUCUAGCGGCACCAGGAGCAGAUGACGAUGGCAGUGGCACCGUGACUAUCCUCGAAGCUCUACGCGUGCUGCUCAAGUCGGACGAGAUCUUGAAGGGCGAGGCAGAGAACACAAUUGAGUUCCACUGGUACUCAGCUGAAGAAGGAGGUCUCCUCGGAUCGCAAGCAAUCUUCCAAUCCUACGAGAAGGAGGCCCGCGACGUCAAGGCCAUGCUUCAGCAGGACAUGACUGGCUACGUACAGAAAACGCUUGAUGCUGGUGAACCAGAGUCAGUGGGUGUCAUUACCGACUUUGUCGACCCUGGCUUGACCGAAUUCAUUAAAAAGAUCAUUACAGUCUACUGUGAUAUUCCCUACGUUCUGACCAAGUGUGGCUAUGCGUGCUCCGACCACGCCAGUGCAUCCAAGGCCGGCUACCCGUCAGCAUUCGUCAUUGAGUCAGACUUCAAGUAUAGCGAUAAGAAGAUCCAUACUACCGAGGACAAGAUUGAAUACCUCAGCUUCGACCACAUGCUCCAGCACGCGCGGAUGACGCUUGCUUUGGCGUACGAGCUUGCGUUUGCUGAGUUCAAAUAA